UCUUCUGCAACAAGAUGGCUGUCGUCCCUGAGAGCAGAGUCCUCACUUUCAGCGUCUUCAAAUGGAGCUCCUUCUCCUCCACGUAUCUACCUGAGAAUAUCUUAGUGGAUAAACCUAACGACCAGUCUUCCAGGUGGUCCUCUGAGAGCAACUACCCUCCACAGUUUCUAAUCCUCAAACUGGAAAGGCCGGCGAUCGUUCAGAGCAUCACCUUCGGGAAGUAUGAGAAGACUCACGUGUGCAACCUCAAGAAGUUCAAAGUGUUCGGCGGGAUGAGCGAAGAGAACAUGACGGAGCUUCUGUCAAGUGGCCUUAAGAACGACUACAACAAGGAAACCUUCACCUUAAAGCACAAGAUUGACGAGCAGAUGUUCCCCUGCAGAUUCGUCAAAAUAGUGCCUCUGAUGUCCUGGGGUCCCAGUUUCAACUUCAGCAUCUGGUACAUCGAGCUGCACGGCAUCGAAGACCCGGACGUGGUGCAGCCCUGCCUUAACUGGUACAGCAAGUACAGAGAACAGGAAGCCAUCCGCCUCUGCCUCAAGCACUUCCGGCAACACAACUACACCGAGGCCUUCGAGUCGCUGCAGAAGAAGACCCGGAUCGCGCUGGAGCACCCCAUGCUCACCCACCUCCACGACCGGCUGGUGCUGCAGGGGGACUUCGACGCCUGCGAGGAGCUCAUCGACAAGGCCGUGCGAGACGGUUUGUUCAACCAGUACAUCAGCCAGCAGGAGUACAAGCCCAGGUGGAGUCAGAUCAUCCCCAAAUGCAACAAAGGUACAAGCGCCCAAGAAAUCAACAGAGACGACAUGAACAGUGACGCCGACGACAACCGGCCGGGCAUGAGGGGAGGACAUCAGAUGGUCAUUGACGUGCAGACGGAGACGGUGUACCUGUUCGGCGGCUGGGACGGGACUCAGGACCUGGCCGACUUCUGGGCCUACAGCGUCCAGGAGAACCAGUGGGCCUGCAUCUCCAGAGACACGGAGAAGGAGAGCGGCCCGAGCGCCCGCUCCUGCCACAAGAUGUGCAUCGACUCGCAGCGGCGGCAGAUCUACACGCUGGGCCGCUACCUGGACUCCAGCGUGCGGAACAGCAAGUCCCUGAAGAGCGACUUCUACCGCUACGACAUCGACGCCAACAGCUGGACGCUGCUGAGCGAGGACACGUCGGCGGACGGCGGGCCCAAGCUGGUCUUCGACCACCAGAUGUGCAUGGACUCGGAGAAGCACAUGAUCUACACGUUCGGCGGCCGCAUCCUGACCUGCAACGGCAGCGUGGAGGACAGCCGCACGUCGGAGCCGCAGUUCAGCGGCCUGUACGCCUUCCACUGCCAGGCCGCCGCCUGGAGCCUGCUGCGGGACGACUCCUGCAACGCCGGGCCCGAGGACGUGCAGUCCCGCAUCGGACACUGCAUGCUGUUCCACACGAGGAACCGCUGUCUGUACGUGUUCGGAGGUCAGAGGUCGAAGACCUACCUCAACGACUUCUUCAGCUACGACGUGGACGGAGACCACGUGGAGAUCAUCUCCGACGGCACCAAGAAGGACUCGGGAAUGGUGCCCAUGACGGGCUUCACCCAGAGAGCCACCAUCGACCCCGAGCUCAACGAGAUCCACGUCCUGUCCGGACUCAGCAAGGACAAGGACAAGAGGGAGGAGAACGUCCGCAACUCCUUCUGGAUCUACGACAUCGCCCGCAACAACUGGUCGUGUGUUUAUAAGAACGACCAGGCGGUGAAGGAAAACCCGAGUAAAGCUCUGCAGGAGGAGGAGCCGUGUCCGCGCUUCGCACACCAGCUGGUCUACGACGAGAUGCACAAAGUGCAUUACCUGUUCGGGGGGAACCCCGGGAAGUCCUGCUCCCCCAAGAUGCGCCUGGACGACUUCUGGUCCCUCAAACUGUGCCGGCCCUCCAAGGAGUACCUGCUGCGCCACUGCAGAUACCUCAUCAGGAAGUACAGGUUUGAAGAGAAGGCCCAGUCGGAGCCGCUGAGCGCCCUCAAGUACCUGCAGAACGACCUGUCGCUCACCGUGGACCACACGGACCCGGACGAGACCAAAGAGUUCCAGCUCCUCCCGUCGGCUCUCUUCAAGUCCAGCUCGGAUUUCAUCCCUCUGGGCUUCUCGGACGUCGACCAGACCUACGCUCAGCGGACGCAGCUCUUCGACACGCUGGUCAACUUCUUCCCGGACAGCAUGACGCCGCCGAAGGGCAACCUGGUAGACCUCAUCACGCUCUAGCCCCGCCCCCUGUACUGCCCCCUGCUGGCGGGCUCCACACUGUACACCCAGCUCGCCACACACACCUGCUGCUGAAACAACACUGUGCCAGCUGGACCCGGCAGCCCCAGGUGUGUGUGAGAGUGUGAGAGAGUGUGUGUGUGUGUGUGCGUGUGCGUGUGCGUGUGUUUCCUCAGACCACACUAAGCCCCUCUAAACUCUGCCAAACAUCACUUUAUACUUUCUGUCUUCACUUGAUUUUCCUUCAAGGAAAAGUUUACGCCAAAAAGAGGAUUUGCACACUUGUUGGAUUUUUUUUUUUUUUUUUUUUUGGAUUUAUUUUGAAAGAGAUGUUCGUGAAGCGGACGCCUCCCCUCCGAGACCCUUCAGCUCUCAUUAUUUAUUGGACUCCUCUGCGUCCCGAUGAAUUGGUUUGCUCGCUUCUCUCGCCAGAUGCAAAAAAACUUUAAAAAAAUGGAAAAAGAACUGAAAAAAAGAGAAAAAAAAUCAACAAUUUUACUCGUGUUGUAGGACUAGUAGAGGAAUGAUAAGAGUUUAAUAUAUAUCUGAGUAUCCACUCCCCUGUGCAGCUGGCUGAGCCCAGGCCAGCCUCUCCUCUGAUCACUGUAAUUUAUCCGAUUUGUACAGAAGAUGUAAAUACACAGAGGAGCUUUUUCCACAGGGGGAGCUGAUCUUCCGCCGGCUGGUCUCCUUUUCUUGUCCCGUCUCCUCUGUAAAAGCCAAUCAGGGUGGUUCAUCCCUCUCGACGCCCCGGAACUCUCAUUCAGACUCGGACGGAGCUGACCCUGACCCUGAGUCAGGCAUGGAAGCUGGUCAGAGAGGCGGCAGACCGAAGCUGCACACUAAACAAUGAUGGUUUCAGCUCUCAGGAGGAAACUGAAUCCCUGGUGAAAUAAGCGUCUAACACUAUAAAUGUAACAGUGGGAGACUCUGAAGGAGUCAAGCGCCUCGUUCUGCUGGAAGAAUCCAUAAAACCACUGGUUUUUAAUUCAUUAUCAUGAUUUCCUCCUAAUAAGACAACUUUGUAACUUCAGUAAAGACCAACAACCAAAUAAGAAUGGAAUUGGUGAGAUUAGACUGGAUUAGAGAAUCUUAGACUUUCUGCUCCAAAGCGUCUAAAAGAAUCAGAAACUACCUGAAACCUGGAUUUACACGCAGCGUGUAUCAAGCAUCAGGGUUUUUCAUGAACUUCUGACCUUUUCCCCUCAUCACAGGUCCGAAUCAUCAUAAUCCAGCUUUUGGAAAAAGCUUUUCUUUAUGAUACUAAUGUAGAAAUCAUAAUUUAGACUUUUUAAGAUGCGUCUGUUCUGGUCCGGUUUACUUUAAGAUGAACUCACACACAUACGAGUCAAAGACGUGCGAGAACUCCAAGAAUAAAUGAUCUUUUCCAUUGAGACACUAUUUAUUCAGCCGAAACACGACUUUGAGCGGCACAUUUACUAACUUACAAUUGCACUUAUUUUGAAAUUAAAGGACUAUGCUGGCUGGUGUUUCACAAGGUUUCAGGAUUUCCCAGAAUAAGAGUCACGCACUUCCCCCUGAUAAUUCCACUUUAUAAAAAUAAGAGAGGAAAAAAAACAACUUUUUUUUUUCAAAGCGUUAACACUAGCAUCCCAAAGCUAACAGCUGGGACGGUAUGAGCGUUUGGUGCUUUUUCAUGGCUGUGGUGAACUUCCUGCUUUAAAUGACCACUGACUGUUGACGUCUUCUGGCGCGCUCUCUGCAGACGCCCCUCAUUUCUAAUGUGAUUACGCUGUGAAAUGACCUGAAAGCUUUUUCAUUCGACUCUCGCUUGUAGAGAAGCAGAUGGCGGGAACGGGGUUUUCUGUCCUGUAGCGUUCGUCGAGCUGAGAAGAUCGAUACCACACUCAUGUAUGUUGUGAAGCUACGUGUAGCAAAGCUGUUAGCAUAGCUUAGCAUAAAGACAGGAAGUGAUCAGAGUAUUUCCUGUUACUCUGAACCUUUUUAUAGAAGAUUGUUGCUGCUGUCAAAUCAGAGAUUAUCGUUCUCCUGUUAGCUUGGCAGUGAAUUGGACAAACUAUUGCUAGUAAGGCUGUUAGCUUAGCAUAAAGUCUGGACGUCACAGAACUUACGCUUGAUUGUGAUCUUCAGCUUUCACAUUGAGCCACCUCACUCCUCCAGCCAAUAACAUUGUUAGCAUAGCUUAGCAUCAACACUGGAGGUAUGCAGAGAAUUACCAAUCCCACCCCUCAUACAUCCUGUUAGCUUAGCAUAGAGAAGCAGAGUGGAAUUCUGGGAAAUAUGUUUCAUCUUCUUUAGCUCAGCUGAGGUGAUUCAGUACUUUAUUUUGCUUAUUUCUGCUUCCGCUAGCUGCCUGCUAGCAUUUGAUUUGAGUGUGGCGUCGUCUGGCAAAAGAAGACGAGUCUUUGUAGCAGACAGACGGCGGUGUGGUCCAGACGGCGGUGCGGUCCUUUAGCGUGAAGCGUCCGCCGUCUCCACGCCAAAGCGUGAUCCGGACACGCCCUCUCCUGUACGACAGCGUGGAACUCAGACCUCCUCAGGAUGUUGUUUACUGUGCUCAUCAUCGCAUCGCUGCGAGGAAAGUUACUGCUAUGUGUGUGCGAAAGAGAGUGUGUGUUUGUGUGUGUGUGUGUGUGUGUGUGUGUGUGUGUGUGUGUGUGUGUGUGUGACCUUGUGAGGAGAGUACGAGCCAGUAGGAUCUUCAUGCUAACAGGGUCAUUUCAGGAUGGCGGCGGGGUUUUCAGGCUCCCAGCACUUGUCGUAGCAUUUUUUUUUUGUGCCACAUUAAAGAUGAAUUAAAAGCACCUUUUUUUCUCCCCACCUUUUCAAAAUAAAAGAUCCCACAAUGCCAAAUACUGCAUUUAAUCCUCUGUGGCUGUGUUUGCGUGGAGCCUGUCGGGACGGGACCGGGGACUCGGACUCUUGGGGCCGGUACUCUCAGACCAGUGCGCACUACUCUGUGGAUACAGUGAAUGUGUAGGAACCCUUGUAGUAUUGCAUUGUAUGUAAUGUACAUAAUGAAUAAAGAUUGUAUUUUGUUGAACUUUU